AUGUACGAAAAAUUUGAGAAAAGAGAAUAUCCAUACUCAGAGAAGCGAUUUGCAGGUGCAGCAAAAGAGCUGAGAUCUGAAGAGAUAUCACGACCGUCCACUUCCCGCCGCCCCAAAAGCCCGCCUCCACCAAACCUCGAACGCCCUCUGCAGAUUUGGGCACCCUCCAUCCCCUGCCCUCAGGAACCUCCCCAGCCACGUCAUCAUCACCGCCUGCUGAUCCUCCAGCGGCAGCGUCAGCACCGUCCUCCCAAUCCCUUCCUCCACCGCUCCCCUAUCGAACCACCGGCACCAACCCCCUUGCAGCCACCCAUAGUCCACCAUCAAUGGCUCCAGCCACGUCACCAACAAGAGCCGCCGCACCUCCUUCCCCACAAAUAUCUCCCCCCGACCGAUCCCCACAAAAACCCUCGAGCUCACCGCGCUGACGUGGCACCGGAUUGUACCCGCGACCUCACCGUGCAACCCCGCCAGCUCAUCCUGCCGGGCCCACAUCGCGGCAAACCCGUCCCCCGACCGCCGACACGUCAAAAUGUCAAGCAGCCAGACGAGGUUGUCUGCCUCGAGCGCAAUUGA